AGUUGGUUAGUUGACAUGUUGGACUCAACCGGUCGGUAGGAAGUACUGCCGUGCUUUGUCUAUCACGAAUCUUAUGCAGACCAGGAUUGUAGAUUUGGCGCCCUAUAUAUAGUGGAGUGCAAAGCAAAGAUCGAGCAAGAAUACCUACCAAAUCUAGCAAACAAACGAACCAAAAAUGGAGGCAGCAGACGCCAUGCCGAAACAGCCACUGUCGGUUCGCACCAAGACCAAUGGUGCCAUGGCAGACGACCGUGAAGUGGUGGGAGAGCCGGUGAGCCCCUCCGCGAGGCUCCUCGAGGAUAUGUACAUCGUCAUCAUCAUCGGCUUCGCCGCGCCCAUGAACCUCCCCGCCUUUCGCGCCGGCGUCGCUUCUAGGAUCGCAUGCCACCUACCCUUCCGCAGCAUCCAGGCCACGGACAAGAAGGGCAUCCUCCGCUGGGUGGAGACGACGGUCAGCUUGGACUACCACAUCGUCUGCCCGACGCUGGACGCAGUCGCCGUGGCGAUCGACCCGGACCAGGCGGUUGAAGACUACGUGGCUUCCCUGUCCACCCAGUCCAUGGACAACUCCCGGCCUCUAUGGGACUUCCACCUGCUGGACUUCCCGACCUCCGAGGCCACCUCCACGGCCGUGAUGCGCGUGCAUCACUCCUUGAGCGACGGCGUGUCGCUCCUCACGCUCCUCAUGUCGUGCGCUCGCAGCGCUGCCGACCAUAUGAAACCGCCGGCCAUGCCGCCGUUGCCCAAGCGGACAGGCGCCAUUUACGCGCGCCCACGGCCGCCGGCAUCCGCCGGCGCGCUGGCGUUUGCCCGGUGGGUCUGGUCCUUCGUCUUGCUCGCUUGGCACACCACGGUGGACGUUGCUGUCUUCUUCGCGACGAUACUGUUCCUCAAGGAUACACGGACGCCGUUCACGACUACAGGCCACCAUGGAGAGCUUCAUCGCAAGCGCAUCGUACACCGGAGCCUCAACCUUGAAGAUGUCAAAUCCGUCAAACAAACCAUGAACUGCGCAGUUAAUGAUGUGCUAGUCGGGGUCACUAGUGCUGCCCUAUCACGAUAUUACUACCGGAAAUCAGGUGACAAUGAAACUGGCAAGGAUAUCCGUGUGCGAUCAAUCCUUCUCGUCAAUUUAAGGCCAAGUACAAGUGUACACGCAUCUGUUAAUAUGAUAGAGUCUGGCAAAGGGAGUGAUGUAAAAUGGGGAAACCAAGUCGGCUUCAUUUUUCUUCCAUUGCAUAUAGCCAUGCACAGUGAUCCACUUGAUUAUGUUCGCAAGGCCAAGAACACUUGCGAUCGAAAGAAAAGUUCAUUAGAAGUGGCAUUCACACAUGUAGCGGCAGAGGUGUUCUUCAAACUGUUUGGACCCAAGGCAGGUGCUGCUAUCUUCGAUCGUAUGGUCUACCACACUACCACAUCAUUGUCGAACAUGAUUGGCCCAGUUGAACAAGUGGAGUUGUUUGGACACCCGGUUGUUUUCGUUGCCUCGACUACCUUUGUACCACAAGAAGCCAUAGUCGUGAAUUAUCAAAGUUACGUUAACAGCGUCAGGCUAGCACUAGCGGUGGACGAGGCACCGUUCCCAGACUGCCAUGAGCUUUUGGAUGACUUCUCCGAAACCCUCAACAUUAUCAAGGGUGCAGCUGUGAGCCUUGGAAAGCAUAAUCAGAAGGAAUAGGAUAAGGGUUUCUGUAUGCGAUCUCUGAGUCAAUAAAAUUCCUUUUAUCAGAAAUGUAAGAGUGUUGUUGUGUGUACUGAAGACGGUCCUGCAUCUACAACUGUUGUACUAUUCUACUACUAUGAAUUAAAUAUUAUAUACAUAUGUACAACCAA